UUUUUAGUUUCAGUUUUAGUAAUCUGUGGUUUUAGUUAGAGUUGUUAUUGUUAUUGUUGAUUUUGUAUUUGUUCUGUUUUCAGAUAUUAUUUUUCCAAUUAGUGCGAGCGAUAAAAAAUAAGAUGGCCGCUCCAAUGGAACGCAUUCAAGUUCUCGAUUCUAUAGAAAAAGAUAUAAUAACUUGCUUACAUAGUGCUGGUCAAGUCUUUGUAGAGCUGAGUAAAGAGAAAUCAAGCCUCAAACAAGCUGAAAACCAUACUCAAAUGUUUUUGAAAACACUCAGUACAGUGGAAAAUAAACUCACAGAUCAAAUAAAUUAUCUUACACAAGUAUCUACUGGACAACCACAUGAGGGGUCAGGCUAUGCUUCUCAGAAGGUGUUUCAAAUGGCCAAGCAUAGACUAGACCAUGCAAGGUCUAUGGUGAAUGAGUUAGAAAGGUACAAAAUCAAACAUCUCCAAGGGAGAAAUUUACAGAUACAGCCAGGAGGUGCUCAAAUGGCCAAUGUGGGUGAUUCUAAUAUUCAUCCGGGUUCAUCCACUUAAUUUGCCUGCAGAUGUAAUUUCAAGGUUAAAAUUUUGUAAGCUAUCCUGAAAUACAUUGUAGACAGGUUAAUUUCACUUA